AUGAGUUGCCUGCUGACAACCCAGAGCCAGAACUGCUACCGAGAGCAGAUCCAGAAGGAGAUGUUGACCCGUUUGGCCUGGAAGAGCCGCUAUGCCAAGCUUUACCCGACCUGCUACAAUCCCGGCAACAACAGCACAGAGCCAACGCAGCUGGCCCGUGUGUCUGCUGACUCCCGGUCUGUCCUGCCUCCUGUGACCAGGACACCCGAGAAGCAGAGCAACCUUCCUCCUCCUCCUCGUCCUCCUCCUGAGCUCUCUUUGGAAGGGGAAAGCCAGCUCAGUGUGGCCCCCUUGAUGAGGCCAGUUUCUCCCCAGACCAGACAUGCUCUCUAUCAGGACUCCUCUCACCAUGGGAAAGGGCGGAGUCUGUACCUGCAGAGGCGUGGCCAUAUUAGACCUGAGGAGAAGUUUGACUUUCCUUUGCUCUCGUCCUGGGAGUAUGGGUGGAGGCUGGGCGACUACACUCUAGAUUACAAGACGCCGUCCCGUGCCAAGUCUUCAGUGGUGAAGAACACCUUCUACGCCAGGAACGGCGUGUUCAGCAGCCCAUCAGCUACUGACGCACUGGGCUGA